AUGCUUGAAACGGAAGGUUCCUCUCCACCUUCAGUCGAGAUGCUCACAGGUUGGAUACUCCGCCUUUUGUAUAUGCGAAUGACGUCCACCCCGUACCCAACAUGGCUGGCGAGCUCAAAUAUCAUGCACAUGCUGGAGACUUCCGGCAUCCACCGGCUCUCCCACCAGUCUGACCAGCCGGGCACUGCAUCUGAAAUUGCCACGAGGGAGCGUCUUGUUGGGGUUGCCCAGCAUCUGAACUUGUGGAUCUCCUUUGACCUCGGUCUCACGAGAGUCUCUUUUCAGGAUGAGGGAUCAGUACCGCCAUCAGAAAAAUUCAAGGGGUACGCGCAUGGUGUUCUCAGCCUUUGGCCCAUCUCCGCUAGCUUGGAUCCGGCAAACGAAAAUGAUGGGGAAGACCUGAACUCGACAUUUGUGUCGAUAUUGCAGAAAGUUUACACACACGAGCCGGAGAUAUUGGCUCAGUGUAACUUAGUUCUCUGCAUGAUGCGACGUCUUCAUCCAUGCCUCCCACAUUUUGAACAGUCGGUCAUUGACCGCGUCCUUGCUUUGCUUCAAUCUGGGCUAGAGUCCGCACGGGGGCUGUUAAACGCUUGUUGUCCAUGGCAUCACAUUGCAAACGUCCCAUUCCACACUCUUUACGUACUUCUUGUUUUGGACACUCGCGCAUCUGUCGAGCUAAUUUCCGAAACGAUGGGGACCAUUUGUCUAGUUGCGUCAAUGUACAUCACGACCACAAUGAGGGAGGCUACCCAUGCGGCUAAGCGGCUGGUUCUGCUGUAUCAUCAGCGACGAACCAGUGACGUGACACUUCUCGGUGAGGCUUUGAGUUCAUAUCAAGAAAUGGGGUUCAAUGAACAUGAACUUUAUCAAACGUUGAAUCCGUGGCCAACUGACCAAGAGAUUCCGUGGUUGAUGGACCUUUUGGGCGGCCUGUCGCGUUUGGAGGGAAUGACUUUCGGGGACGAUUUAUUUGUGGGAGACUAA